AUGACUAGGGGCAUCAUUUUCCUCGGAGUACCCCAUAAGGGCACCAGAUUUGCAUAUGUGGCAGCGUGCUUAGCAUGCACUGCGUUCUUCCGUGGGUCAUCAACAGAAUUGCUGGAGUUCAUGUUCCCCGGGACACGAGGUCCCGCGGAGCUCGAAUCUGCCUUCUACGACUAUAUACGCAGGGCCGACAUCCCACCGAGCGUCCAUGAUGUUUGGGAAAAGAGACCUGAAAGAAUGGGAAGAUUUAGCUUUGGAUCGAUAGUGGGACCGAUAGAAACGCAACCACGUCACGGUGACCUCGAAUUUAUGGAUACUGAUCAUAGAGGCCUCAUCAAAUUUCGAUCCCAUGACGACCCGAAUUUUCGAAUCUUGCUGGAUGUUCUGCGGACAAUAAAACAGCAUGCGAUGGAGGAAGUCGGCAAAAUCCCGUCCACCUAUCUUCCAAUUGAUGAACCGGAGGUCGAGGUUGAGUCAAUACUAGACGUAACCUCACUCGGCAUGCCAUUCCUCUAUCCGCCCAUGGGCACGAUCGAGGCUGCUGGUUUCUACGGACUGCAAGACCUGGUCUCUGCGAGGCUAACGAGGUCCACAACGAUGGAACUGGACUUUGCGUCUCGCGUCGUGAACUUUGCCUUCAUUACCAUUAAAUGUGCGUGGAUCACGGGAGCCUAUAUCGCGCAAGCCGUCUGGCUCAACUCCUGGAACUUCAACUGGAAAAUCCCAGGACUGGAAAUUGAUUGCACCGAUGAGGCAUACCGAGGUGCUGUGGUGGCCUACCUCUCCUAUGCGACGCAGUAUGACGCUGCGGCCUAUGGUGGUUUGUAUACUGGAGAAACCAACUACGGCAAGGAAGAGGAUGUUAUCAUGCCCGUCCAUAUUCGACAGGAGAUGGGCCUUGGGGACGACGUUGUCGUGCAGGAACAUCUCGAGAAGCUCAGUAACAGCGUGAAAGAGACGGCGGUCUGA